GGGCGAUGGCGGCGCUGGUGGUGGCGGUGCUGGCGGCGGCGGUGCUGGCGGGGGCCGAGGCGCAGUGCCCGGCCCCCUCCGCGCUGCGCACGGUCAACGGCACCCGCAUCUGCGCCCAGCUCUACGCCGACAACAGCCCCUACUACAACGAGUGCUGCGCGGGGCCCGUCCUGGUGGUGGACCCCAACUCCGACGUCCCCUACAUGCCCCACGGCUGGGCCGCCCGCACCUCCUCCUUGGUGGUGGGCACCCGCUGCGAGCUGACUGUCUGGUCUCGGGCCGGCAAGAAGGGGGCGAGCCGGCGUUUCACGAGCGGCGCGGUGCCGCGGUUGCAGGAGGUGCGUCGGGGGCUCUUCAGCAGCUGGGACGACGCCAUCAGGGGCUACUACUGCAAGUGCAACUGAGGCGGGCGGCACGGGGCGGCGCAGGUCAACACCGGUCAACACCAGUCAACACAAGCCAACGUGAGUCAACGCAGACCAACACAAGUCAAACUCGUUCAAGACAAGCCAACAUGAGUCAAUGUGGGCCGAGAUGAGCCAACACAAGCCAAGGCGAAUCAACGCGGGCCAAGACAAGUCAUCGUGUGUCCACGCAGGUCACCGUGAGUCCACAUGGGUCAAGGCUGACAGAUGUGGGCUGACACGUGUUGACGUGGCAGUGCCACCUCCCUCCCGCCCCCCCCCCACCUCGCACAGCUCCGAACGCAGCCAAUAAAGCCUGGAGGCC